CUUAGAAAUUUGAUUGAUCGAAUUUAUUUUAUUGCGCUACGAUAGAGUAACUUAAACAGUUUUCGUAUUUAAUUGUCACGCUAAAAUGUCUUCAAGAAGAAGUACUGAAAUUAUUGAAGAUCUUGAACCGCAAGUUACUUCUUCUGAUCCGAAUGAGCGCAAGCUGGCCAGGCGGUUAAGAAUUGAGCGCAGAUGGGAAGCGUUGAAGAAAAGCAAGCAAAGUGUUCAACAGGUAGACAAACUGGUGCAAGGCGACGAGGAAUUUAACGAGAUACAAAUUCAGUUAAAGAAAAGCGCGGAAUUAUUGGAAAAGUUUCUAAUAGAAGGUGAAGAAUAUAUUACGAACGUUCGAGUGGCGAAUGAUUCCAGAGAAGUGGACAGAAGGGAAUCAGAAGGAUUAAACAAAGAAAAGAUUUACGAACAAUUAGAUGAAGAAGCGCAGGCCGCUAGUGAGCUUUUCAACAACAUUGCCAACAAAUGGGCGUCAAUUCAACGCCAAAACGAUCCUCUGCAAAUAAACGAAGCUAUAAUGGAGCAAAAGGAGAAAUGUGACUUGUUGAUCAGUCAAAAGGAUGGAAUAAUUGCGAUGUUGAAUGAGGAGCUGCGAAAUGCUGACAAACAAUUCGCUAAAGAUCAAAGAAAACAAAUGGAAGAUGUCAACACUCUAUCACAAAGAAUUGAAAAGCAGAUAUCGUUUAUGAGACGCGCAUAUCGAGAAGAGCUCAAUAUACUGGAAAAUGUAAUACAGCAUGAGAGAGAAGCGCUAAUUGAAGUGACCGAUAAGAAAUGGGAAGAGUUAUUUAGAAAGCGUGAAAAUCAAGAAAUAUCCAAUAGCAAGGCAAAGUUUGAGCAAGUUGAGGAGUUUGAUCAAAGAAUGGAGUCACUGCGAAUGGACUUUCAGGAGCAUUUUAGGGAGACCAAGAUUAAGUUGGAGAACGACAUAGAAGAGCUUCAACGGGAAUUGGAGAAAAUCAAAGCUCUGGCAUUGCUUAACAGUGAGAAGCUGGAUUAUAACUAUCAGAUCCUUAAAAAGAGGGAGGAUGAAAACAUUAUAAUAAAAUCCCAGCAGAAGAGGAGAAUGAACAAAUUGCAAGACGUGAUCAACGGCCUGAGAACGAAAAUUUCUGAGUACGAAUCCCGCAUGUCAAAUAAAAUUAAAAAACUGUCCGAGAGUAUUAAGAAGUUGCAUAAAUCCAUCAUUGAUGUGGAAGCCAAAGCUGACCACUUUGCCCACGUAAACGACGAGAAGUUCCACAUGCUAUGGGAAAUGAAUAAAAACCGCACUUUGGCAGUUUUGAAGAAAAUUCUGGACACCGAUAAAAUUCUCUACGAGCAGCAGAUGGGACUCGAAUGGGACCCACCACAGAACUUUAUCGUCGACAAAAAGUCAUUGCCGAGUUACCGGUUGGCUGUUAAUAAUGUGCCUGCAGAGUUUCUACACGAUGGCAAGUCGGUAGAGUCGAGAUCAGUAGGACAAAUACUGUCCGUCCAAACCAUCUUCCAAGAUAGCGAAUCUUUAGAUUCCAAUCUGCAGGAUAACAGCAACUACAUGAAGGUAUUAAAGCACAUAUUGACUCGAAUCUCGGACAAAUCGGGAUUUUUGGCUGAAAAACGUCUCAAAGAGCUCCUGAAGGGAUAUACGGACGAUCAGAAGAAUAUCGUCCGAUUGGAUAAUGUUUUUGCUGCGAUCGGCAUUCAAGGCAUUGACUAUAUCAAUGUUUUGUUUAAACAUUUCCAACCAUACACGUAUUGUCCAGUUUGCCAGGGAUCAAUGGGAACUUCGGCUUCCCGUAUUGAUAGUAGAACUUCAGCCUCAUCUCAAAUUUCAUCGAUAUUUUCUAGAUUUGGAGAUGCCUCAAAUUUCUACAUACCAGAACUAGACGAUGUUAUUGAUGCCAUUCGCCAGCCUGAUGUGGUGCUUGGUUCCAUUAUUUCCCAAUUGGUUAACACUGAGGAUCUGGCAGAAGAACCAGACUCCGUGUCUGAGGCGUCCGAACAUGAAGCCAUUGAAGAUAUUUGCGGAGUGGCAGGUUUGGAGCAAUACUUUGCAGAUAAAACUAAGGAUAAGGUGAAGGCAGUGUCAUCCAAAAAGAAAAUAUCCAGCAUGCGAUUAACUGAUUUAUCCGCCUGCCAGUUUCGGCACCCUUUGGUGAUUAGUCCUGUUUAUGUGCUAAGGGCUUUAAAGGAGUUUGUUGCGUCUUAUUAUGUGCGCACGUCCGGAGUUCCUACCACUGGAGCCAGAUUAGAGAAGAAACGAUUAACCAUAUCGAGAUAUUUAACAGAACGUGACAUCAAAACCUACUGGGAAAAGUUCAGGCAGAAUUUCGGCGAAGACCGUGUGAGGGUUUGGAACGCUCUUUUGGAAGGCCUGAAGAAAUAUCACGAAAUUCUGAAAGAUCGCCGGACGAUUUGUGAUGACGUAAUGCGACUUCGCAAAGAGAAUGCUGAGCUUAAGCGACUUCUGGCCAACUAUUUGGACCACCACGAAUUUUUGACUCCGACGUGCGCCAACGACAGGAACCCGUAAUAAAACCCACUGGGCCAAUUAAAUUUUUUAUUUACAUUUUUAUUACUUCCAUUUAUACUCAACACGUAAUUAAAAAUAUUUUAUGUGUC